UAAUGAUGGAGGAGGCCUUGGUUUUCACUACGCCUGGCGACCUGGAGGGGGCGUUGUCUGGCACUGCUGAUUGAGUCACUGCACCACUCUCAUCCUCCUGGUGGAGACAACACACCAACAUCAUCAUCAUCAUCAUUAUCAUUUAACAGGUUGAAGAAUGCAGCUGUGACUCCGACCCACACUGAAUAUACUGAGGGAUUUAGUGAAACACUGUCAGAGAAACUGCUGCAAGAAACAGCGAUGGAGAAACACAGGAAUUUAACCGCACAACAACUGCCAGCAAAGACGCAAAGGUUGAGCUCGGUGCCAGCUGACAGCGUCUCUGAGCCCUCCCUCCUCCUGGUGUUACACCGCAGGAUUUGCAUACAGACUCGCAGGGCGCCUCCCCUCCGCAGUUCGGUCUAAUCUCUCGAUGGAAGGACUACUCUGACCGGACUUUCCUCUCCAGUUCGCCCAGCAGAAGAGGAAGUCGGAGCGGACUGUUCGCCUCUCCGCCGAAAACAAACCCCGACAGCCCGAGGAACCUGCGCGGUUUUCACCUCCGCGUUUAAAAACCUCAAACUUUCUGCUGUUUGUUGAUUUUUUUCUCCCGGUUUUUGCUGGGUUGGGGGGGACUCUGAGCGAUCAUAAUGUCUGUCAAAGGGAGCCAGAAGACGACGACGACGACGACCUACCGGACCGUGAACAUAGCCUCUCCUGAGCCGGCGACCAACACGGUGAUCUCGGCCGGGCAGGUGUCCCCGCUGUCGUACGGGCUCAACGGCUACGAGACGGUGCGGUACCUGGUGCCGGUGCAACAGCCCGUGCAGCAGCAGUCCUUCGUCCUGAUGCAGCAGCCGAUGAUGCAGCAGCCGAUGAUGCAGCAGGUGGUGUCCCCGGUGUACCUGCAGACUUUGCCGCGGCUGAGCGUCAGCAGCCAGGAGUCCGACAUGGUGUACCAGCAGCAGCUCAGCACGAUGGAGAGCAUCAGCGGGAAGUCUUCAUCAGUGUUCAGCCAGUCGUCCAGUCCUGUCAAGAGCCCCGAGCCAAGUGCUGAGGAGGAGGAGGAAGAGGAGGAGGAGGAGGAGGAGGAAGAAGAAGAGGAGACGGAGACGGUGGAGGUGGAGGAGGUGGAGAUCGUCAAUGUCAUACAGCAGAAGCCGCCACCAGCGAUAGAGAAGAUCACCCGGACGGAGGUGAAGGAGGUGAGGGAGGUGCCGCAGCCGGCGAAGCUGGACACGCGUUACUUUGGCGAGUUGCUGGCCGACGUCUACAGGAAGAACUGUGACAUCCACUCCUGCAUCUCUGAGCACGUGUCCAAGAUCCGCGGACAGAAACACCGGCUGGAUCCCAGCAAUGACUACAAGGUGGAGAGAGAGGAGGUGGAGGCUUUGAUUCCCAAAGGAGCCACUGAACUGACCAAACAACAAAUCCGCUACCUGCUGCAGACUCGUCUCACUGCAGAUAAGAGCAUGCGUCUGCUGCUGUCCACCUUCAGCAGCCUGAGAGAGGAGCUCCUCCACAUGUCCGAGGACCUGCGGCGUCUGGAGAGUGAGAAGGAGACUUUGGAGAGGGAUCUGAGUUUCAAAGCAGACCAGGCUCGGCAGUACGACUGCCUCCUGGAGGCCGUCCGAGAAAACAACAGACAGCUGCAGUUGUCUCUGAAGGAGACCAGCGCCGCCCAUCGCUCCCUGGAGAGCCAGCUGAUGACCAGCCGAAACACUGACUCGAACCGCGAGUUCAAGCUUAAAGAGCUGGAGGGAAGGAUGAGAGCGCUGGAGAAGGAGAACGAGAUGCUCCGACAGAAGCUGGCAGGCCAAGGCAGCAGCACCACCCUGCACAUCAAGACAGAGGAGUUGUCACGUCAGUACAACGACCAGCUCAGCACCAUGAGACAAGAAAAAGACCAGGAGAUACAGAGGCUGAGGUCCCAGAUAACACGAAUGCAGACAGAGGUCACCACCGAGAAAUCGUCCUCAGAGAAGAGUCUCCAGCUGAAGAUCUCAGAGCUGCUCUCCAUGUUGGAGCAGCGACAGACCACCAUCACCCGACAGGAGGAGGAGAUCAGGAAGCUGAUGCAAGACAGGAACGACUCCUCCAAGACGACCACCAAGACCAUCAUCACCAAGAGAUACAGGAACCAGUACCCCAUCCUCGGUCUGCUCAGUGACGACUACCAGGCCACUUCACCGGUCAAAGAGGCCAAAACCAUUGUCAUCGAGAGAACUGGAGAGAUGAUCAAACAGGAAAUCAUUACAACCCCUUAAAGACACACUGCUUCUCUCCGACAGGAAUGAUUGAACGACAAGAAGAUGCAGACGUCACCCAGCCCCCCCACCCCGCAUGCUAAUCCCCCCUCCCCUCCCUCAUCCUCAGGGCUCCCAGGGUUGGUGGUGGUUGAAAUCCCCCCUCUCCCCCCCUCUAAAUUUGGGGUCACUGAUUCAAAUCUUUGGUCUGACCAAAUUGGGCUUGUUUGGGGUGAAUGUCUUUUUUGUUUGGGCUUUUUUGUAUAAAAAGGAAACAAAUAAACUCAUAAUUAAAGAUCAAAUCUUUCCAGACUACGCUACAACCAGUUGGUUGUGCCAUGGAUUAAGGUGGCAGAGAUGUAGCAAUCAUGACAACUGGGAACUGGGUGAGAUUUGAGCUGUACAGAAGACAGCUUAAAAAAAAGAAAAAAAGAGCUGAGAUGUAUGUACAGUAUUUGACAUGAACCCACUUUCUCUCUUUUCUCACCUUCAUUGUUUUAUUCUGCUGGAUUAGAUAAAAGUUUAAGGUAAAAAACAAAAACAAAAACAAAACAAUAAAUGUCCAAAAUCACAAUUAACCAAGUAAAAUGUUAUAAAUAAACUAAAUAUCAGUUGAUAAAUGCUAAAUUUAAAAAGUCUAUGCUAACAUGCUGUAUGUGUUUUGAUUAUACACUAACACUGAAACAUGCCAUACAGUAUUUCUAUGAAGAACAGAAUAUAUUGACUAUUUUGACCAGGUAAAUAUUAUAGCUCUCUGCAGUAGGGUUGGGAAAUAUGACAUAUUGAUCAUGAUGGAAUCACUAAUUAGGUGAUUCUGUGAUAUACUGCAAGACAGUCAUCUGUGAUACAUUUUAAUGUAUGAAUCUGAAGAGCAAAACAUCCAUAAAACGGCAGAAUAUAAUGAGUAUAAUGUUAAAAAUCUAGAUAUUUCUUGGACUUGGUGCUUCCUAUAGAGACACAACACCAAACUGCCACAGAGCAGAACAAGAUAACGUCACAGCUGUCCAAGUAUCACAGAGAUUGUAUUGUGAUAUAUCACUGUGUUGAUUAUUUGUCCCAUUCCUACUUGGCAGGUGAGCUGGUAAGUUACAGUAAGGUUUCAUUUGGCUCCACAUGGACUUUGUCUUCCCUCAUUCAAAAUACUUGUGUGAAAACGGCUGCCGAGCAAAGUACUACACACCAAGUCCAACUAGGAACACACAUAUACUGGAGCUGUUACGAAUAAAGUAUACUGAAACCAGACAGUAUGCAUACUAAAUACAGUCAAUAAACUUAAAAUGACAAUAAAAUUUCUCUUAAGUUUAAAAUGCACUCAUAUUCCCAAGUCACACUUUGACUGAGGUGCAACAUCACAAAUAUUUUUGUGGUAGUAAACCCCUAAAACAGUACACUAUGACGAUUAUGUAUAACUACCUCCCCUCCAACAUGAAGUAUCUGAAACAACUCACAACACGAUGACUCCACACAGCCUACACAGUACUUUAGGUGCACUAUGGCAAAGAAUCCUGUCCAUAAUAGGAUAAAGUAUCAUCUGAAAUUUAUUAAUACCAGUGCCAAUUCACUGCCUGCACUUACGCCAGAAUUAUAGGUUUCUCAGUGUCAUAUAAAGAUGCUUCUUUUAACAAGAGAAGCCAAAGUUUUGUCUAAAAUGAGCAAAUAAUUAUUCAUAACAGUAAAUAUCUGAGUAAAGAACAAGUCAACCAGACUAAAAAGCAUUCAACAGACAGUGCGUCUGACGAUACCAAAAAGUUCUAAAGUUCAAUACUCAGUCCUACAAAUGUAAGUCGAAAUUUAUUAAUGAAUAAAUAAUAAUUUCAAAUGCCACAUUGUGGCAUUGUGAGCCGAUCCCUUGCUGAGGGCGUACAUCUCAUAUUUCACCACUAGGGGGGCUCACUGAGCGGAAGACACUGUGCUAAUGUGGAACCAAAUGCUGUCAGUGUUAUAUCUCAGCUUCCAGUUGUCACUAAUGCACGUUGAGCCAAGACUGGUACCAUCUAGCCUGUAUCAUUAAAUCCUCCUCAAAGCCACCACAGCCAUGCUAGCCAAGGGGAUGAGGAAGUGGAUGUGUUACUAUGACUGCUACUCUGCAUGUACAUAUUUAUAUAUAAAUAUAUAAAUAUAUAUAUAUAUAUUUUAAGAGGGGCAUGCUCAAUGAAUGUUUUCCCCAGUAUGACUGUAGAGCAGCCCUCCUGCAGUGCGGUUUAAGGAACAUUUGAAUAAUGUUCGGAUCGGGUAGUUGGCUUUGCUCUUGUUGGUCGUUUGUCAACUGUGUAACUGUGUUUUUGAAAACAUUUUACUUUGUGGUCCCUGAUAGACUUAGGAGGUGCAUGGGAAUGUUCACAUGUAGCUUUUAUGUGUUUGUAUAUUACCUGGGUUGUGUGAUGUCUCACAUCCAUGAGAAGAAAAUGCAAGCUUGUACCGACUCCCAUGGGUGUAAUGCAUCACAGAGGGCAGGGCGGGGGUGGGGUUAAGAGGUGGAUGGGUGGAUGUAUGGAACUGGAGCAUGACUUAAUUGGGGUUUAUGAUGGUGGAAGAAAAUGUUAAAGCACAAUAUUAUGUCAACUGUAUAGUGAGUCUCUCUCUUCCUUAGUUUUCCUGGUUGUCUCUGUUCAGGCUUUUUACAUAACGACACAUGUUGAAGGUUUUGUGUCCACCAGGUGCUCAUCUUUAAGGUGCUGCAGCCUGUUUCACCAGCUGAUUCAUAAGCCUGACUGCAGGUCAGGGUGGAAAGUUUACAGAAAACAUUGCACAAAAAUGUUGAAACAGGAGCAACUGGACUUGGUUGUAGAUACUUGAAGACAUUUCAUCCCUCAUCCAAGAGGCUUCCAAGAGGUAUGAACUGAAGGUGAAUGUCUGCAAGUAUCUACAACCAAGUCUAGCUGCUCUCGAUUCAACUUCUCUUGGAUGAUCAUGACCUGGAUGACUGAACAUGAAUCUUCACAGACAUUAAACAGAAACCACUUGACUUUACACUGAAGCUUAAUAAAUCUUGAACUAACUGGAAUACUUUGCAGACAGUUAGGUUUUCACCGGCCUGUUACCUGAAAACAAGCCUUUAUUUGUGCUUUUUUCUCUAACUCAUUUCAUCAAGGAUGUUGUAUAUAAUAGCAAAAUAUAUGUACAGGACAUUUAUAAUCAGCAAUAGCUAUAAAUAUUUGUAACUGAAGCUCUUCAAUAUGCAACCCAUCUAUUAAUUCCAAGACACAUUUAAUCCCUACAAACAGUAGCUCCUACACAAAUCUCCUACUUUCUAAGGGCAUGAGUUAAUAAAAAGUUAAACUUUAAAUGGGAACUAUUUCAGUUUGUGCAACAGAUAAAAUGGAUAACGUGUACUGUAACUGGUUUAACAGGCUGCCGCACCGCUUCCUAACCGAGUAUUUUAAAAAAGCACACACAUAUCUCACAAAAAUUUUCAGCCAUACUGCAAAGACGUUCCCUGCAAAGCGUCUGAUCAACACUCCUGACAGACAAGAGCCACCCAGUGGACACAGAGCCAAAUUUCUGUAGGAAGCCUGUAAAAUAUUUUGUCUAUUGUGUAACUUAAAGUGCCUUAUUGUGUUUAUCUCGUUAGCAAGCUACUGUGAGGCCAAAGAUGGUCGAAAUCUGGCAACUCUGAUCAUUUUCAAACAGCUUUGGCAGCAUCAGACCAAUAGUGGCUAUUGCCCUAAAGAAAGGCCUUCAUUUACUUGCUAUCCGGGUAAUCCUCGAGAAAACCAAACCCUGCCUUUUCUUUGCCAGCAGAGGAUAAAUUGUACGCUGAGCUAAAUUAACUGGUUGUAGCUAAUCUGCAAAUAGAUAUGUCUACAUAUAUUUUCGUAUGCGAAAGAUUUUUCUUUAUUUUCCAGUCCAAGAGGAUUUGGCCUGCUAGCCUGGCUACACGGCCUCACUGAGACAUGUUUGAGCUGUGAUAGAUUGUGAUUAAAAUCAGCAACUUGUCUUUGCAAAA